AUGUAUUUUAGAGUAUACUGGACAUUUGAUACACCUUUAACUGUCUUCAUCUAUAUUUAUGAGACAAAAAGAGAGAACGAGAGAAAAAAUAGUAAAAUGUCAUUUAUAAAAAAAAAUGUUGUACAUUCGUCUUCAAUCAAUACAAAAAAUGGUACAUUGAACGAACAACAAGAAAAUAUUAUUAUUAAUUCAUCCAUAACUACUGAUAUACUUUUAAAUGAUUAUGAAAAAUUAAAAGAAAUUUUACAAACACAAAUAUUUCAAAAUACAUUUGAUUUAUAUCAAAAAAUGGUUGGUAUAACAGAAGCGCCACAAUCACAAGAUGAACAACCACCAUCAAAUUCAUCAACACUCUCGUCUACAUCAUUUCUCGAUCCUGCUACUAUAACAAAUAGUAAUAGUACAAUAACAACAACACCUAAUUCACUCUCACAAAAGAUAACAUUCGAAGUAGAACAAGAACAAAAUAUUGAAAAAAUACCAAUAAUUAUGGAUAAAAUGCAUAGAAUAUGUUUUGAAACACUUUUAAAUGAAUUAAUCGAUUAUAAAUUAACAAAAACGGAUCAUGAAUGGAAUGAUCUUUUAAAUAUAUUAAAUAAUCAAAUAUUUCGUUCAGUAAUACAAGCCUAUGAUCAAACGUACGAGACAAUGAGUAUGAAAAAAAGAACAAAUAGUCGAACUUCAUCGACAAAAUCGAUCGAUCACAAUGAAAAGAGUCAUAGUGACAAAUUUUGUGAAGAAACAAAGUCUAUUAUGAUUGUCAUACAACCGACUGAAGAAGUGAAAGAUGCUCACGAUAUUAUUCUUCCACCAUCCUCAUCGUCUUGGCGUUCUCAAACAAUGAUUAUUCAAAGUGGUGAUGAUACGAGUAAAUUAACUGAUCAAGAUGAUCAAAAACUUUAUGCAUCUAAACUUGAACAAUAUUCUUGUCAAAAAUUAAAAAUUAUUCGUAUCGAUAAACGUCUCGAUGAACCAUUAGGUUGUACAAUUCGUGCUGAUAAAGAUUCUAUUCUUAUAUCUCGAAUUAUUCAUGGUGGUGUAUGUGAACAAGAUAAAAAUUUAUUUCAAAUUAAUGAUGAAAUACUUGAAAUUAAUUUUCAUACUAUUCGUGGACGAACAGUAAAUGAUGUUGUAGAAUUAAUUGAUCGUUUACAAGGACAAUUAAUAUUUUUAAUUUUACCAUCAACAACAACAACAACAACAAUAACAAAUGAACAACAAAUAAAUCCAACAUUUAUAAAUGAUAAUUUAUUAAAAAAUUUUUAUAUUCGUACACUAUUUAAAUAUGAUCCAGAUGAUGAUCCCUAUUUACCAUGUAAAGAUUUAGGUUUAUUUUUUUGUUAUGGUGAUAUUUUACAUGUUGUUAAUCAACAAGAUGAAAAUUGGUGGCAAGCUUAUAGAGUAGGUGAUGUUGAAAUACAACAAUUAGCAGGUAUGAUACCAUCACAAACAUUUCAAGAAAAACGUUUUCAUAUGAUUAAAACAUUACUUGAAAAUGAUGAUGAUGAAAAUGAAAAUGAAAUAAAAAAAAAACAUAAUUUAAAUAUAAUUCGAUCAUGUUUUAAAAAAUUAAAAAAUUCACAACAACAAUUAAAUGACAUGAAACAACAAACGAUUGAACAAACGAAAAAUAUUUCAAGUGAUAUUCGUGCCUAUGUUCAUGUUCAAUGGUAUACACCUUCUCCCGAUCGUAAACGUCCCAUUGUUCUUAUUGGUCCACCAUCUAUUGGUCGACAUGAACUUCGUCAACGUCUUAUGCUUUCAACAGAUUUAUCAUCAAUAAUUGAUGUAGCUGUACCACAUACAAGUCGUACACAAAAAUCCUAUGAAAUUAAUGGAAAAGAUUAUUAUUUUAUAUCACGAAAUAUAUUUGAACGUCAAAUACAAGAACAAAAAUUUGUUGAAUAUGGUGAAUAUGAAAAAAAUCUUUAUGGUACAUCAAAAGAAUCAAUUGAAAAUUGUUGUUAUAAAUUAAAUAAAAUAUGUAUAUUAAAUUUAUAUCCUGAUGCUUUAUUAUCAUUAAAAUAUUCAAAUAUUUUACCAUUUAUUAUUUAUAUUCAACCACCAAAUAUUGAAAAAUUAAAAUUAUUAAAAAUAAAUAAUCAAUUAUUACAAAUGAAAGAGAAUGAUCUUCUUGAUAUUAUAUCAAAAGGUCAUCAAAUUGAAAUGAAAUAUGGUUAUUUAUUUGAUAAAAUUUUAUGUAAUUAUGAUAUGGAACAAACAUAUCAACAAUUAAAAACACUUAUUUUAGAUAUUCAAUAUCGAUCAAUGUGGAUACCAACAUGUUGGUUUUCAAAAACAAUUUUAGAACAAUUUUAA